UUUAGAUUUUUUCAUUCCUGACAAAGAAACGCUUGUCAACAUGGGUAGGAGAAGAAAAUACAGAAAAAAAGCAAAACUUGAACCGGAAAAAGAGUCCGAGACAGAAACUAGUAGGAAAAAAGCUUGUUUUGAUGAAGGCAUAAGUGAGAGUUCUAGACUCGGGACUUAUACUGGUGAGCGUAUCAUCAAGCAACCUGCAAUUAUUACUUCAAAAUAUGGAGACGAAAACACUGAAGGCGAUUUCAUGCUUAGAACUGCGGAAAAUGAAACCACAUGUGAACAAAAUAUCGUUUUAAUCCAGGCACAAGGCGUUCAACACUACACGGAAAAUGAACUAAACCAUACUGCAAAAUAUUGCGAUGGAUCAUCUGUGCAGAGGAUCACCGCAGAGGAUAAGGAAAAAAGUAUAGAUAGCAAGCAACAUUUUAUAAUGCAGCAAACACAAGUUCGCGAAUCAAUGAGUGCAGAUGAGUCUAUUUAUACAGUAAGGAAUUAUCGCGCAUCUCCUGAGAGUCUAAUAACAGAGAAGGAACACGAGCUGCAGAGUACUGAAGUUCAGAGAGAAAAUUUUCGAGAACAGUUACAAGAUUGCCAACAAAUAAUUCAAAAUGUGUCCAAUGACAUCAUGGCAUAUCACAACAUAUCAAGCGGUUAUGGAGGAGCUCAUCAACAGAUUGUAGUUGAAGUUCAAAGUUUUAAGCAGCAGGUAGAGGGUUCUCAAGAGAUAACAGAACCACCAAACACCACUAAAUAUCAUGCAAUAGUGUCCAAAGUAACAAAGAAAAAUGAGGAUGCACAUCCAUCGUAUGACUUUGAAAUUAUGCUUCGGAAUUUUGAUCAGCGAGUUCAGGGUUGCCAAGUAACCGAUGCGGAUGAUUUCAUCGCAAAAUAUUAUGCAACUUGUGAAAAGUUAGAACAAAAGAGUGGUGAAGAACUCUCCUUCAAGUUAGAACUUGAACUUCUAGGUUUUGGUAAACAGUCGUAUGCCUGUGAAGAAGUCAAUGAAAACAAAUCCUUCAACACCGUAGAUUAUGAUGAGUCAUCUAUAAUAGAAGACAAAAAAGAAAGUGAGAAAGAACACAAACAACAAAGCUCUGAAGUGCAGACACAACAAACUCAGAAGGAAUCUUUCAGUUCUAGUGGGCAAGCACAGCAUUUCUUAGAAGUUAAUGAAAAUAUGUCCGAAGGUCAUACUCAGCCAGUUGAGAACCUCGCUCUGGUAGUGAUAACUGAUGAUGUAAUAAGUAUGGAAGGUGAUAAUUAACUUAUAAUUAACUAAAAUAUAAC